UCCAGAAAUCAAGGAUUGCAAUCAGCAGGUAACAUUCGGAAAACCCAACUUCAACCAUCUCUCCCCUCCCCGGCGCGAGCCUACUCAAAAUCCAAAUCCGAUAACCCUGCUCUGCAAGAGUUCUGUGCAACCGCCGAGUUCAAAUUAUCCAUCAAAGCCCUCCCUUCUCGGCUCGGUAAAUCUGAACUCUCAGACCCUUCUUUCUGAUAUCUGCAGUGUAUGCUUUGUUCUUCCUUUCAAUUAUGUCGUUGCAUGUAUGUCGGAUUCAUUUCCCCUUAGGGCCGGCACGUCUUCUUUCGUCGAUAACCUGCGUCUUUUUUGGUCUUGGUAACGCUUGCUGCUGCUGCUUCACAGGCAGCUUUGCGAAGUUUGCAUAAAUAAAUUCCUCCGAACACACUCUAGUCUGUUCUUGGACAAGUGGGAUUUUCUUUUAUUACACCAAAUUGAGUUUGUUCUCCAUGAGUGACCUCAGCUACGUCUGUAGUUGACAUGAACUGUAAGUAUACAGUGUCUGGAGCCCUUUGCGUUGAUAAUAGAAAGCAGGAAAAAGAAGAAAGAUCAUGUCAGACGGGGCGGAGCCAGCAUAGGCCCAGUGCAGGCCAUGGCCCUCACUGGGCCUUGGCCCGCCAUUAAUUUUGGCCCGCACUGAGGCCUGCCCAAAAUCUGCAAACCCUCCCAAGUCCCACCUUCAUUUCCUCUUUCGCUCAAGCGCCCGCCCUCAGCCGCCGCCCACCCUCCUGCCCUUAGCUCUUGCCUCUGUCUGUCUCGGUGGCUCCGUCGCUCACCGGCGCCGCCUCGGCCUCGCUCUCACCGCCUCGAUCGUCUCGUCGCUCGCCCUCGCCGGUCUCCGGCUCUCCCUCGAACCUCGGUCUCUCGCAGUCUCGCUCUCGCUUGCUGCUGCCUCUCUGAGCUCUCUCGUAGCCUCGCUCCGUCGCUCUCCGGCGUCGCGGGCUCGCCCCUCCUCCGGGUUCCGACCCUCCAUCGCUCGCUGCCGCCUGCCUGACUGCCUCUCCGCCUCCGGCUCUCCGUCUCGGCCCUGCUUCACGUAAAUCAAUGAGCAGCACAGCAGCGCCAUAUUUUGAUUAUUGGAGCAAUUGCACAGCGACUGUGUUAGAGUUGGAUUUCCUCACUUGGUUGCAAGUUUACGAUUGGACUUUAGCGCUAAAGGGCUGCAGAGAAACAGUUGCCGCAUCUUUUUUGACUGCAUCUAAUGACGGAUUCAACAUUUUUUGACAGAAUGAUGGCUCAUCUUCGAGCAACAUGCAAGUAUUAUACUGGCCAUCCAAAGGAUCUAGGGCCAUCACAGGUUAUUCAUUUUACAUCUGAGCGUGAGUUUGUCCAGCUUCUACAUGAAGGAUAUCCUGUGGUUGUUGCCUUUACAAUCAGGGGUAAUUACACAAAGCAUCUUGACAAAGUACUGGAGGAAGCAGCUGUUGAAUUUUAUCCACAUGUUAAAUUUAUGCGGGUUGAGUGUCCAAAGUAUCCUGGGUUCUGUAUAACACGGCAGAAGAAGGAAUAUCCAUUUGUGGAAAUAUUUCAUGGCCCAGAACAAGCACUUAAUCAAGGAAGGGUUGCUGAUCCAAAUAUUACAAAAUACUCUGUGAAAGUUCUACCCUUCAACUAUGAUCUCAGUGCAUACGGAUUUCGAGAAUUCUUCAAGCGUCAUGGUAUACGUCCAUUUGAUGCGGAGUGAGCGUCUUUUGAGAAUUCUUCAAGUGUCGAGGCAUAAGUCCAUUUGAUGCAAGGUGAAAGUUGGUGAGUAGUCUGGGAUUGAUUGUGUUCUCCCGUUGACUCCCCACAAGAGAGAGAAAAAGAACAAGCAUUACAAAAACUUGUUUCAGGUAUCUGGAUGUAAGAAAUAACACUAUUACUUAGAUUUGGUGCCUUUAGAAUGGUGCCGUAUACAUAUGGGCUUCCCUCAUGGUUGUAGCAUGAGUUGAUGUUUAAAAUGUUGAUCUUGUUAGUUCUUUCUGCAUUAGGACAUUGUGCACCUUGCUCUUUCUGCGUUAAUGCACACCAAUUAUAUUAUUGUCGCCUU